CUACUGGGUCAGACUCCAGCACUCGGCUGUACCAGGAGCCACUAAAAACAUUCCACACGUUACAUGAUUAGCCAAUUCCACUAACAAACUUCCCAGGUACCAAGAGCAGUUCUUCAUCCCCCACCCAUUAUUUACUCCGUCCCCAACUCCUGUUUCACUGGCCAGUUUCUGAGCGAGGAACUGCAAGGCAGGAAAGAAACGUGAGGAAGAACAGGCAACAGAAACGGGGACGGAGAAAACUUAAAUUCUAGAAUGGGGAACAGCCAGACCGCUUCUGUAGGAUUGUCUAAUGCUGCUGUGAAUCAAAUACAGGAUAUUAUUUCACACAACUGUGUGGUGAUUUUCUCUAAAACAACAUGCCCAUACUGCAAAAUGGCAAAAGACCUCUUUGAGGGUUUGGAAGUGAGUUACACAGCUAUGGAACUGGAUGAAAAUACAAAUGGAAGGCAGUUCCAAGAUGUUCUGGAACAGAUGACUGGUAGCAGAACAGUCCCAAGAGUGUUUAUUAAUGGGACUUGUGUUGGAGGUGCAACAGAUACUCAAAAGCUUCAUGAGGAAGGCAAACUGCUUCCUUUAAUUCACCAGUGUAAAAUGAAAGCAAAUUACUGAGCAACCAUCUCUAGCUUAGCUUUCUCUUCCUUUGUAUGAACAGAAUUUCAGAUGAAAUCAGAAGAUCACAGACACAGCAUGAGCUGCACUCGACCUCAAACCAUGGCUUUCUGAAUUACAGAUCACUCUGACAGACUUUAUGGACUUGCUGGAUUACUUGGUGUCCUUGCCUCAGCUUUCCCACCACCCUGAUGCUCAUUAGCAAACACUAUGUAACCCUGGGGGCUCUCAGUGAGACAGUGAUGUCAUUUCAUGGUGCUUACAUCCUGUUCCAGGGAAGCCCAGGGUCUGCAAAAACAAUCCUGUGGGUUUUGCUGCACAUUAUUUUGCUUUCUAGCUUUGCCUCAAUAAAUUGUCAGUUUUAUUUAAUGGCAUCUUUAAAUAUAAUUCUUCUCUGUCAAACUGAAAUGUAAAGCAAACCCAGUUUAUAGAUUGUUGUCUGUAUGUCUGCCUCUCCUGUAUUCCAGUGCCUGAUCACCCAGCUCCCAAAUUGUGCGUCUAGUGGAACAGAAAAGGGAAUAAAGAUUCUGGCAGCUUUAGA